AUGAUCCCUGCAACACCACAAGUCCCAUGGCUACCCCCGUGGGUGGCAACCACGGGAGAGAAUACAGGCCACAUGCCUGUAGCGGCCACGUCCUUCCAAUGGACCGCGACCCAUCCCUCCAGCAGCGGAGCAGGGGGACACCUCCAGAGCCAGGCCGCACAACAACCACCACUGCAACAGCGCCAGCAGAGCAGACAUCCACACGUACCACAGCAGCAAGCCCAAGCCACUGGCACCAUACCCGCUGCAGCAUGCCAAAGCCAGCCACCGUGGGCAAACACUGGCCACCAGACCCAGGGUGGACUGCACCGUGUCCGGUACCCACCAGCAUACGACCCAGACACUGAUCCGUGGAGCGAACCCGACGACAGCCCAGCCGUGGCACAAGCACAGCCACAGCAACCACCAACACAAGCAGCGACCCCCCCACAACAGAAGCAACCCGUGCCUCAAGAAGUACAACCGGCGGCAGCUACGACCUCCGUGAGACACCAGCGAACACAGGAUCGCACACACCAACCACAGCAUCCACGAGCCGGAGUACCCGGGGACGAACCCCCAGCAGACAGUACACAACCCGUCCCGGGAAGCAGCGGGGACACCGACACCCGGGACACCCCGCCACACGACAACACUCUGCAACCACAAAACCACACCACCGCCGGAACACCGGCACAGCAAACGGCUCCACAACGUGUACACACCACCGCGACAACAGUGGAAGACAACUGCAGACCAAAACACCCGCACCGCGAGCAGGACCAAGCACCACCUACACCCGGCGAAGCAACGGCAACACCAUGCACUGCAACCACAUCAGAUCAAACAACAACCGAAGCAGUGGCGGGAAGUGUCCCCGAUGAGGAAACAGCCCCAGCAGACACGAGAGGCAGACCACACACAGCAACCACACAAACCCAAGCCGCAGCCGAAGCAGAGGCGGGUAGAGACCCAGAUGCAGGCACAGCUCAAGCAGACACGGGGGACGAACCGGGCGAUGACAAAAACCCGUCGGACCCAGAGGACGACCCUGAUCCGGACAGACCACGCUCCAGCGAGGGGCACGGAAGCCAGCGAGCCAAACCGGGCCGGGAUGGGGCAUCGUCUACCGAGACCAAAUCCGACAGCAGAACCAACAGCAAGGCCGGAGCCACAGUGCAGGAAGCGAACCUACGCACGGACCGCGCAGCAGCAGCACAAACUCACGCAGCCAGCACACCAGCCGGGGAGGGGACCACACCAGACCAGCAACCCGCGGAGCAGCCGACGAUACAAGAGGCCUGGCAACUCUGGACAGGAGAGACCCACCCGACCAGCUCCACACAGCCAACCUCCGACCCUGACAUAGCACAACCCGCAGACGAUCCUGCACACACAGCCUCCACCGAAGCACAACCACAAGCCACACCGGGCGUCGCCACAACUGACAACACCAUCCCACCGUGGGAAGCUCAACUGCAGGACGAAUGGGCAGACGCUCAGCCCCCCCUAUUCAUGGGGGACAUCCCUCCUGAUCUGCCGAUCCAGAGCCAUACGCAUGCAAACAUCGUAGCAGGCCCACAUGGGGCAUGGAUCGUAUCGAUCAGCAACAACAUGGGGGAACAGCCGAGCACCCAGACACUAGCAAGUGGGCUCCCCCGAGUUGUGCGAGAAGGGCAGGAAGGCACAGCAGUCACUGCACCCCCGCUUACAGCGGGGAUCGUCGCAACCUUCACAGCCAUAAGCGACACGCGCUGGGUGCUAGAAGUUACAGAAGCUCCCACUGCCGGCAACCAUAUGCCGGGGACCAUGCUCCUCGCAGUCGGCGACCGCUUAUUGUUCGAAGAAGUUGACAAUGAAUGGGUGAUCAGAGUCGAAGCCCUCUCUGCACAUCCACCAGCGGACAUUCGCCGACUACGACAACCUGCACCUGGACAGCGGACAGCCGGGGGGAAGACAACACCCACACUUCCACCACAACCUCCCAUGCAGACCAUCACCGAACAGACGACCGACGACACACAAACCACCGACACUGGAGCAAGCUCGUCACACGAAGCCCCGCACUCCUACUACCCACCGGCGCGUAAACAGGCACCGCCGAACCAGCCUGCCACAGCCACCGCUUCCAGCAGCCACACAGGUACCAGCACGGCCUCCACAGCCACACAACAACAACCGGCCUUCGUCGACAGACGGGAGUUGCGAAGGAACCAGCAUGGUCGGACACCGCCACAGUCAACACAAGCCCAACCAAAUCCACCAAACAUCAACAGACCACCAUAUACACCACUAGCAGCACAGAUUCACGACGGCCGAAGCAUCGGCCCGAAGAAGCCGCACGACCAGCCACACGACCGCCAUCAACACGAUGACAACCCUGACAACGACCGCAGCAGCCUAAUGCAGAGGAGCAUUUUCUCCGCGUCUCUACCAAAACUCGAGGACACUGCCGAGGACAUUCAAGCAGCCGACGCGCAGCCACUGCCACCACCACCACAACCAACGCAACUCGAGCCGACAACUCUGGGGGACAUAAGCAUGGAAGCCGACAGCGCAGCAGACAAUCCUCAGCAGCACACAAGCACAGCUCAAGCACCGCACCCACAGAACCAAGGCAGCGAUCCAAACCCGGACCCGACCCACGAACGCUCGUGGCAAAGGGUAGAGAGACACCUGGAGGAGAUACGCCGCAUCAUCAGCUCGCAUGGGGGAACAACCGCAGAAGCCAUCAUGCGCAAUGCAGACAUGGCACUCAUGCACCUACUGGUGGACACACCGACAGCAGAAGAGCUGGCAGCUACACAAGACUACAACGGGCCACAAGCAGGGGGACAGGCUCCACAACAACAGACACUGCAACCACAACCAGCAGUUUCAUCGUACUGUUACACGACAGCAAUACUGCAGAACCCACUCGAGGCUGCACGCAUCGCUACAGCAGCAUUGCAGAAUAUAGCACGCCAACAGAUGUCUCUCGGGGGAACGUGCAUUAGCUACGGACAACUAGAACCACAUGUAGCAGCUCUCAUGCAAUGGCUUUCGUCGCUGCACGCGGGGAACAUCGCCGUGCGAGUGCAACUCCCUCCAAUCUUGGAGCCUUUGCGCCGCGUCCUCAACAAGAUCCUGACUGAAGACUGGGCUCUGCUGAUAGCCGUAGCAGAAGCAAUGGAGAAGUUGCUGACGGGGGACAACCUGACGCACCCAGCAAACGUUCUGGCAGUAGCAGCAGGCAGCCAUGACACAAACCUGGUUGAGCGCCCCGGGGGACCCGCGACAUGGGAAACAGCCAUCCUCCAGAUGCAAGAAUGGGCUGCAGACCUUGAUGCGUGGCCAGCUGCUCAUCUGCCCCAGGUUCAAGAGGCAGCAAUGCGACUGGUUCGGGGGAUCUCAGCACGAGUCCCAGAAGAGAAGCAAGGGCAGCCAGACACAUCGGGGGAAUGGUGGCGUUUCGAGAGACACCAUGGCAUGGGGGACCUCGCGCUCUUCCAUGGAUGGACGCCGCAGAGCCCGAGCAGCCCGCGCUCCCGGGGGACCAGGCGACCGCGCAGUCCCUCCUCGGACGCCAGUCACCGACGCAGACGGGUCCUCGCCGAGCACAUGCACAACCACACGUGA